AUGUCGUUCCACAAGGUGAUGAUGUACAACCAUCCGGAUCCUGUUGACAGGUUAAACAGUGAAGAUCCUGUUAACAAGUUAAACAGUGAAAAUCCUGUUGACAGGUUAAACAGUGAAGAUCCUGUUGACAGGUUAAACAGUGAAGAUCCUGUUGACAGGUUAAACAGUGAAGAUCCUGUCGCCAGGUUAAACAGUGAAGAUCCUGUUGACAGAAUAGAAGAAGAGAUUAAUGCUCGUAGAGAGGAGAAGAUUAAGCUUUUGGAGAGGAUUCGAGGUCAAGAAGAAGAUCUACAAAUAGCUAGUGAAAAUAAAAGGAAGCUGAACGAGAAAAUCGAGGAACUGCAGAAGGAAUGUACGGAACUGAGGACAGCAGGAAAUAAUUUUUAUGACACUCUAGCAGCAAAGUCAAACGAAUUAAGGGAAACACAAGCGCAGUUAAAAACUUUGCAAAGCCAAUUUGAGUUAACUUUGGAUCUUUCGGAAAAGGAAGAGGAACUAGAAAGGUUCCGUAUAGAGUUAAAACAUAAGAGAGGAGAAAAACAGGAUCUCAUCUCGAAGAAUUACUUACUGCAACAGAAAUACGACCAGGAUGUUGAGCUGCGGUUAGAGAACACUAAUAUUAAUUCAGAGCUAGAAGCAGCCAACAAAAAAGUGAAAGAGCAGAUGGAAGCUAUGUUGAAUUCUAACGAUUGUGAUGAAUGGGAGGAACAGAGUAAACUGCUUGUCCAAGAGAUGGAAUCAGAGAGACAGCAACACCAGAGGCUGGUGAAAGAACAUAAUAGGCUUCUACAGAGAUUUGAGAAUAUGCAAGGCAAAAUUCAGAUGUUACAAAGUCUUACCAAGGGCCACAAGCGAACACAUUCAGACAUCAGCAUGCUGAGCCUGGAGUCUGUGACACAUGAAGGACAGAAGGAGGAAGAAGACAAAGACAAGGAUGAUCAGGGUUUUGGUACGGAGAAAAAGAAGAAACAAGAACAUGUCCCACGAACUGCUGUUACCAUGGAAACAGCUAUGAAAAAAUCCUCACCACUGAAUUCUGCUGCUGAAGCAUCAGAGAACUCAUACCAAGUAAAGCCAGCACCUCCAACGCAGAACAUUGAUGUUGGUCUUAUGCUGAAACUGCAAAACAAAAUCAAAGUACAGGAAAAGGAAAAACAUCAACUCAGGUUGAAACUGGACAAAUUGGAAGAACAGGUGAAAGAAGGAACGCCGGGUGACUCGGCCUUUAACAGGCUUAAGAUACUUGAACUUGAAAAUGAGAAUUAUAAGCUGAAACGUGAGGUGGCCAAGCUGAUGGAAUCCAUCGCUAAGACAUCAUACUUCAACAAAGGACAGAAGCCCACUGCUGCGGGCAAGGAAUUCUUAGAACAGUUUGAAGCUCAGGCAGACGAACUGGAGAGAAGGCGAGAGGAGUGUCUACAGUUACGGGUCUUGUUAGCAGAAAAGAGCAUCUCCACACAUUCUAUUGCCAAGCAGUCGCAUGGACAGGAGGAGAUUGUUCAUGAAGACAAUGCGCUGACAAUGGCAUAUAAAUCUCAAAGGGACAUAAAUAGAUUGUUGGAACAACAGCUACAAAAUACGGAGAAGGAACUGAAUGCUAAGAUAAGCGAAAACCAGAAGGAGAUUACCGACCUGAAGAGGGAAAAUGAGAAACAAAACCAACUCAUACAAAAGUCGCUGUCCCUUACCAGUGAAGCCAAGAUCGAAGCUACUAUGCAACAUGAAAUCACCAGACUCACCUCAGAAAAUCUGGACCUGAGCGAGCUGGUGGACCAGCAAGCUGAGCAGAUCAGAAAGCUGAAGAAAAUGCUGAAGGUCUACGCCAAGAGGUUGAAAGAGGGAGAAGCUGCUGAAAUUCAAGCAGAGUUAGAGAGAGAAGAGACGAAGAGCGUGGAAAAUGUGGCCCAGGUGAAACAUCGAGAAAGGAACUACAUGGGCAUGUUGGAAUUUAAGAAAGAUGAUGAAACUGCGCUGUUAAAAGCUCUAAUACUAGAGCUAAAACCAAAGGUGGCUUCUGGCCUGUUACCUGGGCUUCCAGCCUACGUCCUGUUCAUGUGCGUUCGUCACACUGACUAUGUCAACGAUGAUGAGAAAGUUAGAUCAUUCCUGACCAGCACCAUAAUUGGAAUCAAGAAAGUUGUCAAGAAACAUCAUGACGACCUUGACCGUGUCACUUUGUGGUUAGCCAAUACCUGUCACUUCCUGCACACAUUAAAACAAUACAGCGGAGAAAAACAAUUCCAGCAAGAAAACACUCCACGGCAAAAUGAACAAUGUUUACGAAACUUUGAUCUUGCCGCAUAUCGGCAAGUCUUCAGUGACCUUGCCGUGUGGAUUUACCAGACGUUAAUUAAGCUGAUGGAAGCCACAAUACAGCCAUCGAUUGUGGCAGAAGUAUUAGACCAUGUAGCUAUUGCGGGUCUGACGGGUAGAAAACCAAGCGGGCUCCGAGGUAACAGUUCCAGUCGUGCAGAUGACACGCCCGAACAUUCCCUCGAUAGUCUCAUGAAGGCUAUGAACCGAUUUGUACGAGUUCUUAAACAACAUGCAGUUGACCCGGAGCUGGUUAAGCAGACAUUCCGUCAAGUGUACUACUUCCUCGGUGCGAGUGCACUCAACAAUCUCCUAAUCAGGAAGGAGAUGUGUAACUGGUCCAAAGGCAUGCAGAUACGGUACAACCUAUCCCACAUGGAACAAUGGUUACGUGAUAACAAACUCCAGGAAUCAGGUGCGGGAUCCAGCCUAGAACCCAUCGUCCAAGCCUCCCAGCUUCUUCAGGCACGAAAGACCGACGCUGACGUGGACCAUGUGUGUGACAUGUGCUCCAAACUCACUGUUCCCCAGAUUGUCAAAAUCCUGAACCUCUACACGCCGGUAAACGAGUUUGAGGAACGGGUUCCAAUAUCGUUCAUACGCAAAAUUCAGCAGAAGUUGAAAGAACGUGUAAACACUGACAAUUCCCUUCUCAUGGACCUGAAGUUCUCGUAUUCUGUUACAUUCCCGUUCACCCCUUCCAAAAUCAUCCUAGAAACCAUAGAAGUCCCUGAACAACUGCAUAUAAACAAGCUUGUUUCAAGAUGUUAG